AUGGUCGCAUUCAUCAAAAGUUUCAUCAAAACCGGAAACCCUGGUUGGAAGGCGUUUAAUCCAUCAACCUUUAAUUAUUACAGCUUGAAGCAAAAGCCAAAUGAGGCAAACGGAAUGUUCAAGGACGCGUAUAACUUCUGGACGAACACGAUGCAGAAAUACAAAUUUGAUUUUGUGACAAGACAGCUUUGGGCUGAUUUGUCAGUACCACCUGGUCAGAUGGUUUGGGCAAGUUUUGCGUUGCUGGUUGUCAUCUUUGCAGCUCUACAAAAGGACAGUUUUCAGUGCGCAUCGAACGGGGUUUGCGGGGCAUACGGUGGAUGUGCUCCACCACCUCCACCUCCUGGGGGUUGUGGCUGUGCGGCGCGUGGAUAUCAAUGUGGUAGUUAUGGAUGUUAUCGAAUGAGGGCAAGAGGCUCGAAACUAUACCAACCCAGUCGCGAUCGAGCGCGUGGAUCGAAGAUUGAGGCGGAUCGGCAGAUUUUAAGGCAAAAAUUGGCCGAAAAAUCGCGCACCGAUUCGCAGGAAGAAUUGAGCGAGGUCUCAGAGACAGCGGCUUCUUUGAGACGCGGCGGAUCGGGAGAGCCUCUGAACCCAAAUCGCGCGUUCUUCGAAUGCUGUAUGGACCGUCAACUACCAGAUGCCUGCCUGCAAAAGUGCAACUACGGAGCGUUCAAUAAAGAUACGCUCUCCCGGAUGUACUUCAAACAAGAUGCCUGCCCCCUGGCCGCCAUGUCCGAGAUGCAGUUCUGUGCAGCCCAGGGUCGUGACCACACAGCUUGUUGUGCGCGAAAUGGAGUGACGACGACCUUGGCGGGAGAAAAGUGUUUGCUUUUCUGUGACCAGAGACCAGGACGUGUAACACCUCUUGACCUCUCCUACGUGCCCUGCUUCGAUCGAUUCGAAAGUAUGAAAUCAUGUUUCUGGCACGAAUUGACGACCUUUUACCGGGUACGG